AUGUCUGCCCCCUCGACUCCGCGCUCUACGCGCAACGCGUCGCCGGAUCAUGAGGCUACACAGGACUCGCCAGCAGGAAUCUUGACGCCAGGUCAAAAGAUCAAGGCUAUGCUUGCACAAUUCGAUAGUGGCUCGGAAUCUGACGAUGCUGAUUCAUCCACUAAGCAACAGAAACAAUACCUUUUGCUUUCGAAACCACACAUCAGUCCAAACAAGGGGAAGAGUGUCAUCCAAGAUGAAGGAGAAGACGACGACGAUGAAGAAGAAGACAAUGUCAUUUUUGCUCCUCGAGGUCGAAUGGCUGCACGCAUGCAAGGCCAACAAGACGGCAAGGCAGAGCCUGAAGCAGCGUCCCCUCAGAAUGAAGAGAGUGCUUAUGAUAGGGUAGCCAAGAGGCUACGUGCUCCCUCACACGACUCGCAGUCUGAAGAAAAUGCGAACCAACCUGCAGCAGUCGAUCAGUCCUCUGAUGAGGAUCUCCCCUCAGCACCAUUCAGAAAGCGACUAUUGAACAGAAAGGCCACUAAAUCGAACUCGCCAGAAAUCAAUGAUGCCCCGAGCCCAAGCUCUGCCCGAUCAGAAUCCCCCCUCUUCGUUGGCGAGGAAAGUGACUCUGAACAACGCCCUCAAACCAACACAGACGAAGCUAAGAACGCACGGUUUCUUGCCCUUGUCGAACAAAAGCGCAAGCAGCGCGAAGAGGCGGAACGUGUCGAAGCCGAGAAAAAGGAAGCUAGGGCCGAAAAGGCCAAACAAUUCAGCUCCGAUAUCUUGUCUGCUGAAGACAGUGACAAUGAUCCUGAAUCUGCACGCAAAAUGACCCAGCAAUCUCGCCCAGCCCGGAAAGCUAGCAAGAAAGCUAUCGAAGAAAUGAAUAAAGAAACCCAGCGAAUGAGCAGAAACAUGCAGCUCGCGCACCAGGCACGAACGAAACGAAAGCUCACCAAGGAAAGCUUCCUAGCUCGCUUUGCUGUCGGUAAACAGCAGGAUACUCCACCGCAGAGCGGUGGUGACCCGCCGGCAUCCUCAAGCUCUGCUCCGUCGUCAGAUGGUGAAGUCAAAGAGAAAACAACGCCACCUACAUCUCCGAUUCCACUUCUUUUUGACGACGAAGGCAAAGACUCAACCACCUUGGAACAAGCUUUGGAUAAAGAUUACUGUUUUCCAACGCUCGAUGAGCUGAGAAGCGAAGUUGACAGCCGUCCACAACCCGUCACCGUUGAGCAGGUCAGGAUACCCCAAGUGCAGACCGAGCCCGAGGCUGUUACUGCGAAGCAGACAGCACAGCGGAAAGAACUCACAAAACCACUUGUUCGUGUUCGUGUGUCGAGGGAAAAGAUAGCGCAAUAUCAAAAAGAGGCAUCCGACGACGACGAUCUCGAUGUCAUUACAUCCCCGGGCCGCUGCCGCAAGCUCGCUGCGUUUGAGAACCUUCCAGUCCGGAACGCUCAGGAGGAAAAAUCCAUGCUCAAGCUCAGAUUGCUCGCCCAUUUGACAUCGCCAACCAGACGCAGCAAAUCAAUGACUCCGGCCGAACUCGGAGCAUCCUUGCGUAUGCAGGCUCGACAGCAAGCUCUCCAAGAGAGACAGGCUCGAAUCGAGGAACUAAGAGCGAAAGGUAUUGUUAUUGAAACUGCCGAGGAGCGUGAAGCCAUGGAAGCAGAUGUCGAAGAUCUAGUUGAGAAUGCCCGGAAAGAGGCGACUGAAAUUGCUCGACGUGAAAAGGCUGCUCGCGGAGAGAACCCUGAUGGCGACGAUAAUGAAGAAGAUGAAGACUUCUAUGAUUUUUCGGGCUCAGAAGAUGAGGAGGUGGAGAACGCUGGCGACGAAGAUGAUGAAGGCGAUGAAGGAGAUAUCGAAGAAGAGGACGAGGAAGGGGAGAAUGUCCCUGAAAACGAAAACGGUGCCAACAAGGAGACCAGCAACUUGCUCGAGAACGAGGCCAGCGAAGCGUCAGAGUCAGAGGGCGAGCAGUCAGAGGUUGCCUCCUUGGAUGAUGAUAACGAGGUUCGCACGCAGGGCGACCGUAGGAGACGCCAAAGACGAAUUGUCAGCGAUGAUGAGGAUGAAGAAACCGAAAAGCCGCAAGAGGUGAAAACGCCUGCCAGAUCGAUUGCUCCGUCGAUGGGAUCCGCUCAACGACCACACUUUCCAGAUAUGGCAGAGACAUCUUCCUUUAGCAUGAGUUUGACCCAAGCGUUUGCCGGAACACUAGCGGAAGAACAAUCCGACGACGAGGAGGAUUCUUUCAGGAUAAUCAAGAGCCUGCCUGAUCCCGGCCUAGCUGAUACCCGAAGAUUUGACAUGCAGUCCCAGGUGAUGGUUAAGGACAGCCAAGAAGAGCGCCGGCAGUCCAUCGACUUGUUUGCCGGUUACACACAACAAUCUAAUAUCCGUGUUUCUGAAUCCCCUGCGCCGUCGCAAUUCCCCGAGCCAACGCAGGAUGCUGGAUUUGUGCUUUCUCCUUUCGAUCAGACAAAAAGAUUCGCGGAUCCACCUACAUCGACUAUCGACACCGUGCUCAUCUCACAGAGCGAAUCACCCAUUGCGCAGAGAAAACGACUUCAACGGGGGAGACCGGUUGAGCUAUCGGAUGAGGAAGACGACGACUUUGAGAUCAAGGCCAGUGCAUUUAAUGUGAUGAAAAAAGCAUCGAAGCGCAAAUCCCCAGUCAAAUUCGACAAGAUGAAGAGUGAUGCAAAGAACCAUGUCGAAGAAGCAGCCGAGGAAUCCGAAGAUGAAUACGCCGGUCUAGGAGGUGGUAGCGAUGAUGAUGACGGGGGAGAGAAUGAGUAUGAUCGGGAAAUGAUCAACGAUAGCAGUGCUGAAGUGGUGGAUGCGAAACAGUUGGCCGCUCUAAAUGCAAACCACCAGCGUGCUGUGGAUGAAAAGCAGGUUUCGAAGCUGUUGAAAGACAUUACCACUGGAGCUCUCCGUCGUCGACGCGGUGAUGAUGAUGAUCUUGACCUUGAUGAUUCCGACGACGAGCGUAUAGCUCGGCGACGGGCUAAGCAACGGGACUUUGCCAAGAUGCGUCAAGCAUUGUUGGCCGACGAUAAAGUAAAUGAGAUCGCCAACAACCCCAAGAAACUUGCCUUCUUCAAGGCUCUUGAGGACCGUGAUGACGACGAUGACAUGGACCUGGAGUUUGACUACGGAGCCACCUCCCAAGGGGAGUCCUCGCAAGACGUCCAGGUCGAGGCUGAGCCUACCGAGCCUACUACACCUCAAGACUCCCGCCAGGCCAACAAACGAAAGCGACCUCUUGAACCUUCUACUGAAGACACAACAAACCGCCCUCCACCAAAUCUGCGACGAACUGCAGCAUCAGUGUCGCGCAAACCUGCUUCCUUGACUGAAAUUCGGGAGACAUUAUCUUUCUUGACCGAAACACCAGAAUAUGAUUCUUUCCGACAAGAUGCGUCUAUCGAAGAGGAAAUUGUUUACAACACGGACAAGGAAUCCGAGGAUGAAAACACAUCUGAAGAGAACAAAACAUCCGAAGAUGGCUUCGCAAUCCCACCAAACCCUCGCCGUACCCGUGGUCGUGUCGUUGACCGUCUGGCUCUGCUCCGGGCCGCAUCGUCAAAUUCCGCCUCGAGUGGUACAAAAUCUGCAUUCAUGUCAAACUCAUCGUCUGAUGCACUGCCUAAAAUUGGCUUCCGUCCUCCGCCGUUGCUUCGACGAUCAACUACCGCCUCAUCUGGUACAUCGAUCGGCUCUUCAUCAAGCGGUUCUUCCGGUCGAGUGACAGCUUCCGGCAACUCGGGGGCAUCAGGUACAAAGAAGGGGGCUGUCAAUUACUAUGCCGCAGCUCGAGAACGAGAGCGAGAGCGAGAGUUGAGGGUGAGGGAACGAGUCGGUGCGUCUAGUACCGCAUCUCUCUUGAAACAGAGGGCAAUGACUAGCAGUUUGGGGUCAUUAACUAAAAACCAAUGGGAGGAAUAA